UCGGUUGUCAUUUUUUUCGUUGUCUCUCCGGUCUCUGUCUCCGUCAACGUCACUCGUGCCAAAUCAAGUGAAGUGCAGUGUAAAGUGUCUCCGGAGUGAAGUGCAUCAUGACCAAAUAUAAUAAUGCAAAUGAAAUGCCCACUGAUAAUGGCAACAUUAAACAGGAAUACAAUCAUUAUCCAGCCUAUGAUUACAAUAAUCACAACAUGUUGAACCCAUCACAUCAUCACAUCCAUCCACAUUUACAACCACAUUCACAUACGAAUGCCAAUCAAACGUUGCAACAUUUCUUCAGCCGUUUCAACGCCGUCGGCAAUUCUGGUGGCGAUCUCAGCAGCCCAUCCACCGCCUCCGCUUGCAAUUACAAUCACCAAUCAUUGGACUCGGAUAAUCAAACAAAGGAACUCUCCUCGCCCAUCUACACCACCGACUAUGACGAUGAGAACAGUAGUCUCAGCUCGGAGGAGCAUGUCCUUGCUCCUUUGGUGUGUGCCUCGGCCCAAUCCUCCCGUCCCUGCCUCACGUGGGCCUGCAAGGCGUGCAAAAAGAAAAGCGUAACCGUCGAUCGUCGCAAAGCGGCCACCAUGCGAGAGCGUAGAAGACUGCGAAAGGUUAACGAGGCAUUUGAGAUUUUAAAGAGACGGACAUCCUCCAAUCCCAAUCAACGUUUACCCAAGGUUGAAAUCUUACGCAAUGCCAUUGAAUAUAUUGAAAGUUUAGAGGAUUUACUUCAGGAAUCCACGCCCACACGAGAUGGCGACAAUCUGGCGCCCAAUUUAAGCGGCAAAGUCUGCCAGUCCGAUUAUCUGAGUUCAUAUGCUGGUGCCUAUUUGGAGGACAAGUUGAGUUACUAUAACAAACAUUUAGAGAAAUAUGGACAAUAUUCAGAUGGCGAAAGUAGUGCUAAUGGUUCCAGUUUGGAUUGCCUUAAUCUAAUUGUUCAGAGUAUUAAUAAAAGCUCAGCAAUUGCCACACCCUCAGCAACAACAACAACAUCCGCGCAGUCUACAAAAACCUCAUCAGGAGCUGCAGUAGCAGCUGGAGGAUCAGCAGCAACAUCAUCAUCAUCAUCCUUAGGUAGUUCCCUGCAUACGAAUUUCAAAAGGAAAUGUAGUACCUGAGCCCACAAAGAAACCCAUUCAGUCAUCAUAUCGCCUCACAUCCCACAGAGUUUAGUUAAUUGUAAAUGUAUAUGAUAAGUCUGUCCAAGGAUACAACGAGAUACCUACGAGAUACGCGCCGCCCCAGUGAAAUAUUGUAUAUGUAGAACUAAAUUAUUUUUAUGACCUUUAGUAAUUAAUUUAAUAAACAAAU